AUGGCAGACGAAAACGACUUCUCGUCCUUUGAUGAGACAGAGUGGAAGGCCCAAGAUGCCGCCGAUGACCGCGAGAUAGCCAAGCUUCUCGGCGACUCUCAGGACACCGGCGGCGCUGGCAUCAAUUUCGAUGCCGUAGAGUUCGACCAGACUGGCAAAGCCGACGACGCUGAGGACUUUGAAGACAUUAGUGAUGAUGACUUACCGGACGAGGAACCCAGUGCCGGUGUCUCCAUGGAGAUGCCAGGAUUAACAGACGAUGGAGGUACCAGUAACGACGCAGAUGACCUCUUUGGCGAGGGUCCAUCCUCACCUGAUCCGAUUCUCGGCCCUUCCUCUCCUGCGCCUCACGUUCGCGAUACAGACACUGGCGAUGAUACGCAGACCAUCGACGCGGGCCUAAGCUUUCCUGGAAUUAAUUUCGACCCAGAACCUCAUCUUGAUAACCAAGAUCACGACAUCCCCGCCCCCGCCGAAACCGUCGAAGAUCUACUCAAAGCCACAUGGCCUGCUUACAAGAAAGGACACAUUCUGACAUGGAGCGAACUUCUUCCAGCCAAGAAGGCUACUUGGAAGGAGAAGAAGCCCACAAAGAAGCCCAAAAAACUCGUCACCAGCAAGCUUACGCUCGACCUCGCUCCCGAUCAAGAGAAACUCUUUCGAAUCCCCGGUACCGCCACGAUAACCCGCAAGGCUAGACAGGGAGAAGAGAGGGGUCUGGUAUACUGUGGUCUUGACCAAGAAGGUCAGGCCGAAGAUAAUGUCCAGUUCGAUCUCGAUCAAGACUCCGAUUCCGAAACGGUUGCCGGUUUUAGUUUACGCGAUAUCGAACUCGCCUGCGAAGACUGGAACGCCCACAUUGCCACGAUUGAGGCUGAAUUUGAGGCCCGGCAAUCUGCUGAGCGAGAGAAACAACAGGCACAGAAGCGUACACAUGAAGAUGAGGAUGAAGAAUGGGAUGCAGAGUUUAUGAUGGACCUCGGAGACGAUGAACCGCCACGACCAAAGAAGCGCAAGACGAUCAAGCUUGGCCUGCCAGAAAUCCCCCGCUACGCUGCGCCUUCAUUCGAUAAUUUCGAGGACGCAACCCGCAGAGGUGCCAAGCGCGUCCAGCUGGAUAUGAGUGAUCCUUACCUGCUUAUCGAAACCCAAGAUCUUCAACGAAACGCCAAGCGACCUCGUACAGACAACAAACUGACGCGCAUGGCAAACGGCAACCUCGGUCGGGGUGUCGCCAAUCGAUUCAAUAUUUCCAACGACGAGGCAUACGAGGCAUUGAAGGAGAACCACCAGAGCAAGGUUCGCGCCACACUCGGCAACAUUUCCGUCGAACACAGUAUGCCUGCUAUCAAGCUGUCGUGGCCGUACUACAAAGUUAAGCUCGGAGGUACGACCGACGAGUACCAUCGUCCCCGAUUCAGGUACAAGAAGUUUGCUAGUCAUAUCAUCAAGUUCGCGAAGCCUGUGCAUCAGAAGCGUAAGAUGAUGAAGGGCAAAGCACAUGAGGUCUUUCUCAAGUCUAAGGAUCUUAGUAUUAACGACAACUCAACUGCUGUCCUUUACGAGUACUGUGAGCAGCGCCCACGAGUACUCAGCAGCUUUGGUAUGGGCAAUCGCCUGAUCAAUUAUUACCGCCGAAAAGACACAAAUGAGGACGAACAACUUCCCAAACAAGAUCUGGGAGAGUAUCGUAUGCUUCUCCCCGAAGAUCGUUCACCCUUCUCUUUAUUUGGCACCGUCGAUCCUGGAGAGACUGUACCAACACUGCACAAUGAGAUGUACCGAGCUCCGGUAUUCAAACACAACCCAAGGAACAACGAUUUCUUGGUUGUGCGCAGCACCACUGGAGAAGCCGGUUCAAACUGGUACCUGCACAAGAUUGACCAUCUUUAUGUCGUUGGACAGCAGUUCCCUUCAGUCGAGGUUCCUGGCCCGCACAGUCGCAAGGUCACAAACGCCUCGAAGAACAGGAUGAAAAUGCUCGCUUUCCGCAUGAUAAGACACAGCGAUACCGAUAACUGCCAACUGUCCGAUAUCACGAAGCACAUUGCAGACUCCACUGAUACCCAAAAUCGACAGAAGCUAAAAGAAUUUCUGCAGUAUGAUAGAGAGAGUGGCGAGAAGGGUAUGUGGCGAUUGAAGCCAGGUGAGAUACUGCCCGACGAGAGCGCCAUACGGUCCAUGAUUAAGCCCGAAGAGGUUUGUCUCCUUGACGCCAUGCAGCUGGGUAUCAAGGAACUCGAGGAUGCUGGAUACGACCCUCGAAAUGCCUCGCUUGAGGAGGAUGUUCAAAACAACGACGCAGAAGGCGAAGAAGAAGACAUGGAUGAUGAAGGCAGCAAGGUCGCCAAGGGUGCAAAGAAGCAGCAAGAAAAGCAAGAAGAAACUCUUGCUGACAAGAUGGCACCAUGGAAAACGACCAAGGCAUUUAUUGAUGCUUGCGCCCAGAAAGCCAUGCUCCAGCUUCACGGUGAAGGAGAUCCGACAGGCCAUGGUCUGGGUUUCUCUUUCAUUCGUACUAGCAUGAAAGGAGGAUAUAUCGAGGCAGUUCAAGGGCCUCUUGCUACGUCUGCAGAUGCGAUGGAGCGUGAAAAGCGAGCUAAUGGUGGCCACGCCUACAACGUCAAGAAGCAGCAAGCAAUGUACGAGGAAGGUAUUCGAGAGAUUUGGGAGAAGCAGAAGACUACUCUGUCUGACGGCCAGGAACACGACGAUAAGGACGUCGCGGUGACCGAAGACGAAGACGACCGAUUUAACGUUCAAUCAGCCAUGACUCCAGCCCAGUUCGACGAUGGUACCAGCCAAAUUAGUGGUUUGACUUCCGCAAGUCGACAACAGAAACGCGCUAUCCGCAUCACUCGAGAUAUUCGAAUGCCCGAUGGCAGUACGCAAAGCCGAGUCGAAGUCGUUCACGAUCCGGUAGUGAUUUCGCAGUAUAUGAAACGGCGAACAGAAGCCGACCUUGAGAUGAGAGACUCGCGCCCUACAGGCAAUGCCGACCAUGACCGUCUUGCAGGCAUUAGAAUUAAGAAGGAGCUGGAACGACUCGAAAAGAACAAGGCCCGAAGACAAGCUCGAGAACAACAAAAAGAGCUUCAUCAAAAGGCUAGCACAGGCGACGCCGGAUCACCCAGUGUCAAUGGCGAUAAAGUCCCCACUGGAACAACCCGCAAGUGUGCCAAUUGUGGUCAGGUCGGUCACAUCAAGACCAACAAGAAGUAUGAGUCCCCCUUCUUCACCAAUUCUUUCCUUUGUUUCACCCCCUCCCUCUGUGUCUCGCGGCUGCAGAUCCUUAUGGAACGGUGCGAUAAAGACAAGGCUCGAGAGGCGAAAGCCGCAGCCAUACAGCAAGACAAAGAGCGGCGAGCCGCCGAAAAGGAAGCAGAGCGCGCAGAACAGGAAGCGGAGCGCGAGCGACAAGCUGCUUUAGUCAAGCGACUACGAGAUCAGCGAGACGCGCAACGAGCUGCUGCCGCCGAACGCCAAGAGGAAGAGAAGGCCGCGAGAAAAGCGGCCAGAGAAGAAUCGCAGCGCCAGCGCCGAGAGAAGAAGGACCUCGAGAAACAACACAAGAGAGCUCUCCGCGAACUUGAGCGUCUUCGACGCGAGGAGCGAAAUCCUACUCCAAAAUGGCGCAAUGGGAGGGGAUGGCGCUGA